CUCCACUGUAAAUGGAAGUUCCAGCCUCACCCACCUCAGAGCAAACACUUGUGGACUGUGCAAUGCCUCAGACCCUGGGGUCAUUUGGCCCUGGAUCCCACCCCAGCCUCCUGGCUCAGCUCAACUUCCUUUCCUUCUGGCGGGUCCGCCCCAUGCCGGGCGGGGCCUGUCCCAACUGCUCUACGGGUGGCCUGCGAGCCGGGGCACUAGCCACGCGGUGGCCCGCGGGGGGCUGGGGGCUAGAUGGCGACGUGGAGGAGAGAUGGUCGGCUAACCGGCAGCCAGAGGCUCCUGUGUGCGGGGCUGGCGGGGGCACUCAGCCUCAGCCUCACCGCGCCCCUGGAGCUGGCCACCGUGCUGGCCCAGGUCGGUUUCGCUCGAGGCCACGCCCGGGGACCGUGGGCCAUCGUACCCCGAGUGUGGGUGGCCGAGGGACCUCGGGCCCUAUGGAAGGGGAAUGCUGUGGCCUGCCUGCGUCUCUUACCCUGCAGCACCGUGCAGCUUACCGCCUACCGAAAGUUUGUUGUGCUGUUCACAGAUGACCUGGGUCAUAUUUCCCAGUGGAGCUCCAUCAUGGCUGGAAGUCUCGCAGGCAUGGUUUCUACCAUUGUGACAUACCCUACAGAUCUCAUCAAGACCCGCCUGAUUGUGCAGAACAUGCUGGAACCAUCUUACAGGGGGCUUAUUCAUGCUUUUACUACUAUUUAUCAACAAGAAGGGUUCUUGGCCCUUUAUCGAGGGCUGUCCCUCACCAUUUUAGGUGCUGUCCCAUUCUCUGCUGGCUCCCUUCUAGUUUACAUGAACCUGGAGAAAAUCUGGAAUGGACCCCGGGACCACUUGUCUCACCUGCAGAACUUUGCUAAUGUCUGUGUGGCUGCUGCUGUGAGCCAGACCCUCUCCUUUCCCUUCGACGCGGUGAAGAGAAAGAUGCAGGCUCAGAGUCCCUAUCUUCCCCACCAUGGAGGAGUAGAUGUCCAUUUCUCGGGAGCAGUGGACUGCUUCCGGCAGAUAGUCAAGGCCCAAGGGAUACUUGGACUCUGGAAUGGACUGACAGCUAACCUACUAAAGGUAGUUCCAUAUUUUGGAGUUAUGUUUAGCAUGUUUGAGUUCUGCAAGAGAAUUUGUCUUUACCAAAAUGGUUACAUCCUGUCUCCACUGACCUAUAAACUGACCCCAGGGGUAGACCAGAGUUUGAAGCCCCAGGAAUUACGGGAGUUAGAGUUCUUCAAAACUAGAAAACUAAAUUCUAAAAAACCAACUCUGUAAAACUGAAUGGAACUAGAAUGACUGAAGACAAGCAGCAAUCACAGGUGAAUGCAGCCUCUCAAUUGUGCACAGGAAGAGUAUUGCACCGGUACUCCUGCCUCCUGCUCUGGAAAUGAGAUCACCAGGCCAUACAUCACCUCAAAACCCCAACUUGUCCCUGUUUACACCCAUGCCAUGAAAACCUUUUCCAGUUCUGCUCUAUCACAAUGGCAUCCCACCAGAUUUUAUAAGCAAAGCCUAACAGUAAUAAAAUGUACAAUCCACCCUCUGAAGAGAAACAUACCCCCCAAAAAGCAUACUUCCACAACACUUAAAAAUAUCAUGUAGUUGAUGAGGCACAGCAGAGACCAUGCCAUGGAGCUCAGCCACAGGAUCACUCAGUCUCUACAGAGUAGGCCAUGUUCCACUCACUUUGACCUGCGGUCUCCCCACACAGACUUUUUAAACUCAUAGCCGAUGCUGACUUCUGAGAGCACAAACCACAGCAUAGGUUUAGCCUUAUCAAAAACCAAAUGAAAAGCAGAGUGUGUUGGUGCAUGCCUUUAAUCCCAGCACUCGGGAGGCAAAGCCAGGCAAACUUUGUGAGAUUGAGACCAGCCUAGUCUAUAUUGUGAGUUCCAGGCCAGC